AGAUGGCGGACGCGGAGGGGAGCGGGUUGUGAGGGGAGGCGGGCCGGGGUCCUCGGCUCGGGCUGCCGUGAGGGCGUUCCUCCCGGGGCAGCUGCCGCGGGAGCUCUGCGCCCUGCCCCCUCCCGCUGCAGCCGGGCGUGUGCUCCGGUCGGCGCUGUGAGGGGGGCCUGGCAGGCCUGCGCGGGCGCUUCGCGGGCUCUCCUUCACUCCCCGCCGGUCGCGGUCCCUGCAGUUAAGUGGAGCUGCUUUAGCUGAAUGUUCCAAUCCUGACUUGGAGGCCCAACAGAACAGACAGACGAUAUUAACAGUGAUUUAAAGGUAUUGGACCAGAAUUCUGAUUUAGAACAAUGGCAAGAAACUGAGCUGAUGAACUAGCUUGAUAUUUGGAAAACUGCUUCCUUUGGGGGAAAGUGAUGUCAUGAAGAAGUAACAUACUGCAGUCUGCUCUGUCAACUUCAUGGGAAAAGAGGUUAAGAGAAAACUUUUAAAAGAAAAUAGCGUUUUUCCAGACUGAAGCUGAGGACUUGGCAAGAAAACACAAAAUGUCUCCUGAAUCAAAAAAACUUUUCAACAUAAUUAUUUUGGGAGUCUCAUUUAUGUUUAUAUUCACUGCUUUCCAAACAUGUGGAAAUAUUGCGCAAACUGUUAUCACAAAUUUGAACAACACGGAUUUUCAUGGCAGUGGCUACACAAGCAUGUCCAUUAUUUAUGGAGUAUUCUCUGCAUCAAAUCUCAUAUCACCUUCAGUGGUUGCAAUAGUAGGACCUCAACUCUCCAUGGUUGUUAGUGGCGUAUUUUAUAGCCUGUAUAUUGCAGUUUUUAUCCAACCUGCUGCAUGGGCUUUCUACACUGCUUCUGUUUUUAUUGGCAUUGCAGCUGCUGUACUCUGGACAGCACAGGGAAAUUGCUUGACUGUAAAUUCUGAUGAAAACACCAUUGGAAGGAACAGUGGAGUAUUCUGGGCACUCUUACAGUCCAGCUUGUUUUUUGGAAACCUCUAUAUAUACUUCGCUUGGCAAGGAAAAACUCGCAUAUCAGAGAGUGAUCGCAGAACUGUCUUCAUUGCUCUGACUGUUAUCAGUCUUGUGGGCACAGUUCUGUUCUUUCUGAUUAGGAAACAAGAGGACACAACAGCUCCAGGGGAGGAAGAUUCUGCUAAAGAAAUCCUGGGGGACAGCUCGUCUGCACAAAACAAAAUGAUGAGAGCAGUGGCUGCCUUCAAGAAAUCUAUAAAGCUGAGCUUCACCAAAGAGAUUCUGCUUCUCAGUGUUACAACAGCCUACACAGGUUUAAUAUUAACAUUCUUUUCUGGAGUAUAUGGAACAUGUAUUGGUGCUGUGAAUAGGUUUGGCAGUGAAGAGAAAAGCCUUAUUGGUCUCUCUGGUAUUUUUAUUGGUGUUGGAGAAAUUUUGGGUGGAGGAAUCUUUGGUUUACUGAGCAAGAAUAAUCGCUUUGGGAGGAACCCUGUUGUGAUGCUUGGCAUAGUUGUCCAUUUCAUAGCCUUUUAUUUAAUUUUUUUCAACAUGCCAAAUGAUGCCCCUAUUGCUCCUAUGGAAGGAACAGAUGAUGUUGCUUAUAUGAUUCCAAGCAAAGAGGUGGCCAUAUUCUGCAGCUUUCUGUUGGGCCUGGGAGACAGCUGCUUUAACACCCAGCUCCUCAGUAUUUUAGGAUUCCUGUAUUCAGAAGACAGUGCUCCUGCCUUUGCCAUCUUCAAGUUUGUUCAGUCCAUCUGUGCUGCAGUUGCAUAUUUCUACAGCAACUACUUCCUUCUGCAGUGGCAACUCCUGAUCAUGGUGGUUGUGGGCUUCUUUGGAACAAUUACCUUCUUUACAGUGGAGUGGCAAGCAGCAGCAGCUCUUGUUGCCCGUAGCUCAGACUACAGCAGCAUUUGAUCUAGAUACUAUGCCUAGUUCAACGUAAGGAAAAACACAGGCACGUUUAUUGUGAAGUGAUGCAACAAGGUGAAAAGAUCAAGUUGCUGCAGGGGUUAACAUGGAGGAAGCUACUACUAAAUGACCAUCAGUCUAACUGAAUGUGAAACAUGGGAGAAAAAAAUGUCAAAUUUGAAAGGCUUUUUUUCUUGCUUUAGUCAACUGAGCAUGGUAUGCAUGUUCUUAAAAAUCUGGUAUUAGAAAUGGAGGGAAACAUAGAGAUCUAUGUAUCUAACACUUCUGUUCUGAGACGUACCUUUCAGAAUGUAAUUACCCAAUUUCACUCUACCAUGCGCUACAGAAUUACAGUUUCAUUUUUCCUCCUAAAUUGUUUUUCCUAUAUUCUAGUUCUGCAGACACUUGAAUUCUUGUAUUGAAUGAGUGAUAUUUUUAUAAAGUACAUUAUAUUGCAGAAUGUAUCUGCACAACUGAGAAAUCAAUUUAUGUCACUGACUUUUUCAAGAAUUAUAUAUGCAGAAGUAUUUCUGUAGGAAAUGUUGCCUUGUUAUUUUCUUAAUCUGUAUCACCCAGUUCCUUGUUUCCCAAGGAUUUGUUUAUUAAUCUAUUUCAUGUGCUUAAAUUUUAUCAGAUACAGGGUUUUUGUUUUUUUAAGAAAGUGAAUCGGGUUGUAGUGUGACGUGAAAGAUUUUAAAAGAAUUUCGUGAAGUUACUCUUAGCCAUCAUAAGGAUGUGAUCCUGAGAUCUGUGAAUUAUUGAUAAUUGAAAACAGUCUCCUGGUUCAGCAUCUCAGAAUUGAACUGCGUUGGGAUAGCUGCUGAAACUUUCUCAGGGUAAUGCUACAUGAAGGACCAUAAGACAUGACUUCGCCAGACUCUCAAAUAGUUUGAGUUCAAUGAAAUUUUCAUCAUAAUCUGUGAUGGGAGCAUUGUCUAAGAUAACUUUUUAAAGUACAAACAGACUCAGAAUGUGAACUGUAAGAAUAGUCUUGCAGUGUUCAUUCUACUGCAUAGUCUAAAAAUACCUGAAAUGCUUGACGUAAGUUGUUGCAUUCAGUGUAUUUUGGGAAGACUGUACUGUAAUCUUAUUCUGCCAAAUGCGAAAACAAGGAUACUUGCAUAGUAACUAAAUUUUAAUCCAAAACUCUUAUAUAUGGUACAAUACAGGCAGUGAACGCAACUCACCUUGAUUUUUAUCUGUCUAUGUGACUCUGUAGUACUUGCAGUUGUAUUUCUGUCUAGCAGGCAGACAAGAUGCAACCACGAGCAGGUAUGGAACACUGAGAAGGUGUUUUUUAGACACUCCAUCUAGCUAUUUUUAGAAAAGUACCAUUUGCCAACCUUUUUUUUUAUGCACAGUCAGAAUGUUAAUGUCUUAUCUUUAAAGACAAGUUAAAAAAAAAGUCGACUCAGUAUGUGUCAGUAGCUCCUGCAUGUCAUAACUAUGUAGGUGUACCCAAGGUUAAACUUAGUGAGGGAGUAUGGCAUUUCCUGUGACAUUAGCUGUCACUUUUGCUCACAGAGGGCAUGUAACACAACUCCCAUGAAGCACAGCCCUCUUCAUGCACAGUAAAACGGCAGAGAGGGAUUAUUUUACAGGCAUAUAGAAAGGGAUCUUUAAAUUCACUGCAGGUUUUUGCUGUAAGAUCAGUAAGGUGUUAAUUGGAGGAUGAGAGGGCACCUGAACAUUUGGCAAGCAAAGAAAUCUGUGAGGACAGCCAGGAAAGAGAGCCUUUGUGUAUUCCCAGGAGAUUUAAUGAAUGAUGUAAAAGGGAAUGAGACAGAACACACAUCUGAGCGAGGGGUUACCAAAGCCAUUCCAAUUUGUCAAACAAACUGAAAAAGCAUUCAGUAUUCAAUCAAUGUAUAUAUGAUUAACGUGACUAGCAGCACUCUAAUGCCUCUCUCUUAUCCGCUCCUGUUAUCCUGUAAUUUGAAGCAUACUAUUUUUAUAUACUGAGCACCGUAAAAGGUACAGACACUAGGAUGUUUCCAGUGAUUAGAAUUCUCUUGUUGCUACACAUUUGUAUUUUCUCCCAAGUACCAAAAGGGAUAAAGAGCUUUUUUUAAGAUAGGGAAUUACUGACUGUAGUCUCCGAACUCCUCCUGGGACCUGUUUUCCCCUACCUAUAUCAACAAGAGAAGAAAGACUUGAAAGUUCACAAGAACAAUUUUGUCUUGAAGUACAUGGUGGGGGGGGGACAUGAUUCUCAGGUCUUGUGGUGAUGAGUAACUUAUAAAUGCUUUUAAAACAAUGCCAUUUAAUUGUAGCUAGGUUACAGCUCUCAUGAGGGUUGGUUUUUAAAUUGAUCCCUUUUAAUGAUGAACUUCUGUGAUAUUCAUCUGCCACAUAAGAAUUAUAUGAACUAUUUUAUUAGAAAUUAAAGAAAAUUGAUAAGUUUAUGUAGUUUCAAAAAGCAUUUUGAGACCAACUUUCAGGGAUCCUAAUGAACUAGGACUUGUGGAUUUUCAGUACCUAUGUGAACCUGAUGCUUUACUUUUUUCUGCUGUUCUGCUUGGUCUGACUCAAUAUCAGAUAAUGUUAGAAGGCUGUUCAGAACUAUUUAUUGGGUCAUUAAAGUGAAGUAUUAUUGCUCUGUGACAAGUUUUACAAGAAAUCUUGAAAUUCUCAAAACUGCAUCAUGGAUAGCCAGGGUUUUUUUACUAUUAACUAUAUAAGUAUUGCUUUUGACAUUUGAUCUUAAAAGACAGUCCUCAGUUAUUCAAGCUGAUGAUGACACAUGAUUGCUUUUCACUUAUUCAUAUUUCUUUGAUUUGUCAGGAGGUGAAAAAUCCACCCAGCUAUACACAAUUGUUAGUUCAGUCAAAAUUUUUGGUAUAGCAACAUAAAGAAUAGAAAUGCUAACAUCUAUUUAUGAUUCCAUCUCUUAAUCUUUUUAUCAGCAUUUACCAGCCCUGAGGCUGCACCGCACUCAUUUGACCUCCUUGGCCUUUGAACAAUUUCACUUUAAUCUGAAUUGGGAGCUUACUGUUAAAUUAAGUGGGAUUUGAAAAAAGGCUUUUGCUUUAUUUGUGGUAUUGUGGGUUUGUUUUAUAUUAGGGAUUUUAUCUUUACAAGUGAAAUUACACAUUAAGGUGCUAGGGUUUAUUGAAAAGAAGUUUUUCUUUUUUUUUUUUUUUUUUUUUUUCCUUUUAUCCUUUUAGGUUAUUACUGAGGUUUAAUAUCUUGACGUGUCACAUCCCCAAGUUUUUUAAAUUAAUGCUAAAGAGGAAAUGAAAACUGAUAUUCUUGACAUUUGAGUGCCAAAGAAGCUGCUACAAAUUAGUCUUUAAUGCAUAUCAUAUACGCCUAUCUAUAUUUUUGUCUUGCCAGUUGGUUUUCAUUUUGAUAUAUGAAUGUAUGGAAAGAAAAUUUGUACAACUGUAGACCUUGUUCAUAAUUAAGUGAUGUGCUUUUACUUCUGUUGUGUUAAUUUCAUUAGGUACAAUCUAGCAAUUUGUUAGCAAUGUAACAAUGUUAGCAAGUUGAGAUAAGGAAGAGAACUACUUAUAAAAUGUUUUUUAUAAAUAAUUCUAAUCUAUAAAUUUCUGCAGAUACAGCUAAACUCAUAAGGGAUAUAAAAACAGUAAAAAAAACCCCAAACAACCCAAAACCCCCAUGACCUUUACUGAGGUCCCUAUCUUAGCAGAAGCCCUCCUGUGGUACAGUUAUUAAAAACAAGAAGUCUUCUGCUGGUAUAGUUCUUUCAAUUCUUGUGACCGUUUUAAAGUAUACUGGAAAGAGAACUUCCUGGUGGAGUUUGCUGGUAUAACUUUAUAGCAAAAUAAUUUAAGUGUAGAAAACCAUAAAUUCAGGACCGUGUGUCAGCUAACCAGACAGAAAGCUCCACUUGACUUUCUUUGAAUUCCGUGUUUACUUCAGCUGGGGAAUGUGGUUCCCUGGACACCAGCCUGUCUAAGUGCCAGUAAUUAAUGCUACAAAGGUUGCCUAGCAGCUUGCCUCUCUUUUAAGAGUAGGCAUGUAUGAAGGGAACCUCAAAGAUUGUUUUCUAGGGCAAUGAUUAGUUGUUUGCUGUCGGUAUAAAUAGGAACCACUAUCUUCAACGUCAUGUCAGUAGACACAAUACUCAAUUUUGACUUGAAUUGUGCAAGUAUGUUAGUUAAGACAGGAUCUUACAAUCAUGACCAUUAAUUUUUCUAGCAAAAUGCUUUUUCAAAGACUUUAUCCACACCACUAUUUUCCUUGGAAGUCUUGUAGCCCCGCUUAUGCUAAUUGAAUGGCAGCAGUAGUUAAUACCAUGUAUUCCUUGUUCCCUCCCUGGUAGGUCUUCUAACAUGCUGGCAGAAAUAUGAAAAAAUGGUUGAAUUUAAAGAUGGAGAUGAAGUUGAGAAGUUAGCUGCUUAACAAAAUACUUGCCAUUCUGAUAUAACCACACUGGUUCAGAAGCAAGGUUGAGACUGCUGUAGUUUUCAUGGGUACAUUCAGAAUGUUGCUUUGGUAAGUUUAACUUCAGAGGCUGCAUUACUACCACAGAGAAGCACUGAGGCAAGAGUGGAAAAAACAUCCUUGAAGUGCAAUAGAGCGAAAAUCUGGAACUGAGAAUAAUUCUCAGUGGGCAGGUGAAGGGGGUGCUUUGUUUACUUGAGUUUGGGCAUUUAGCUGCUGCUGGCAUUGGCUCAAUUUCUAUUUGUUUCAUACUUUCUGUACUAUCUUGGUUAUUUCAGCUGUUGACAUGUCGUCCUCCAAGAUAUCCUUUCUCUUUUGUUUACAUUUUGACACUGUGCAGGAGUCUUAAUUUAAAUGAUUGAAACUUUUUUACUUUAAUAAAAAGUGUCUGGGUCAGAAUUGGUGAUAAUUGAGAACAGGCUCACACAAUGAUUAUCCUAAUGAAAAUGCUGAUUUCGAGUAAGUGUACUGACUCUUUACUGUGUAUCUUUUCAUGGUCACAGCCAUGCAAAUAAAAGUGAAUCACAGACAA